AUGUCCGUCAAUCACGCUCCACAGUCUCUACCCUCCUUCGCCCAGGCAUUUAGCACCUCUUCUCUUAGUUCAAUCCCAAAUUCUAAUAACGCGUUACCACCAAUUCAACCAAGAACUCAUCAUACAAUUUCUCCAUCAAGGCAACCUAGCGUAGAACAAUUAAGAAACUCCAGGAAACGUUCAAGAGAAGACGUAGCAAUCCGUCGGGAUAGUACAGAUGACUCUGGCCGUCAGUCACCCAGAGUCCUUAGAAUCAAGGAGGAAGAUGACCCUGAUGAUAGUAUCAUCGAUUCUCCUUCCCCUCCUCAAAUCACUUCUCCUACUGUCAUUCCACCGUCACCAAAGAAACGACGGGUGACUGUGAGUGGUACCACACUCCCUCCCUCAACCACCCCUUCCUCCUCUGAAAUUUCACAUUCAACCCCAAUAACUCCCGUGGUCAUAUCAAUACCAACCGUAGAAGACGUUCACCCGAGGUCUACCAUAAAACAACAGCAGCUCAUCGAACAGCGCAGACCAAGUUUCGCUGCUCCCCCCGCUCCGUGUCCCGUGCUCCCAGCUGCUAUUAAUAAUGGUACUUCUUCUUCUUCCCCCCCGGACGGUUCCCUGGCAGCAUCAAAGCUAAGUCUUCCAAGGUUGGGUAGGCGUAGUCCCAAUACAGCCACCCGUUCAGGUGGAAAUACUCUUCAACCGCUCUCUCUCACCGCAACCCAAAAUCAACCAGAAGUACCUCAGAAAAGCCCUCCUUCAAAUUCCCUACCACCUCCCCCUAUUAGUUUCGCACGUCGUCGCGCAGCUCAGUCCGGUGGUCGCAAAAGAAAACCAGCCGAUAUUGUCAUCAGCCCUCGUGGGACUAACUCUUCUGAUCCGCUCGCACCUGUCAUACAAAGCGCCCCUCCAGUCCCAGAGUUCGGUCGGUUCCCCAUGGCUUUACCACGACUUCCAACCGCUCUAAGCGGAAACCAGACCACGCGAAGAGUAGCCACCAACGUUCCUCCAACACCUACCCGAUUUGGCUUGCAGCACACGAUAGGUCCCUCGGUGAGCGCACCCAAGACGGCGACUACAAGAUCUCCCCCUGCUAUACCAAUCGCCAGUUCACUAGUCCCGCCCACACCUCGCGCCCUUCAACACCCCGGUUACUCUGGAGAUAAAUCUGCAUUUCUAGCGCCUUUCGAAGUCUUUUACGACGCGCUCAAUGAUUCGAAGCAGAUGAAAAACUGGCUGUCUGAGCAGCUUCAAAAAUCAAACGCGCUCCUCCAAUCUCUGCAGAAGGUAGAUGCGGUGGUCGAGGAGUUGGUGGAGAAACGGACGCGGUCGAUGCAGGAGGAGAUGCAGGGUAUGCGUCAGCGCUUGGAUUUGUUGGAGGAGGCACUACGUGCAGUGCGUGCGGAUUCGGUGCGGAAUCAAAGUACGAGCGGCGGCGGUGUUGGGUAUCCGCAGUCAAAGUUCCAACAAAAUGGAACGACGAGUUCGGGUUCGGAACCAUCUUCGUCGUACAGAUUUCCAACCACUGGCACUGAGCAACGCAGACGAGUGUCGCCGCUUAGCUGGGGCACCGAUAAAGACCGGGACCGCGCUGCGUCUCGUUCUCCUGAUACAGACCGUGACCGCAGGAUGUCGUCCUCCGUCGCACGAUUAGACGCCCCGCGUCUCGACCAGGGCCAGUUGCAAUCGCAACCCCAAUCCCAAACACCUUAUUCGCCAUUUGCUCCUUCAUCCAGUCGCUGUGGGCCUGUCGUGCCUGCGGCUAAUCCAAAAGGCACACCGCCGCUACGAUCUCAGGCUGUACCUGGGCCUGAGCGUCCAAAUACGCUUCGCCAACCACAAACAGAUGGUGCGCGGCCACCGGGUAGGAUGUAUUACUCGGGCUCGGGGGUGUUCAAUGGUGGUGGUGGGAGCGGAAGCGGGGAGACGGCGAGGGGCGAGAGUCAUAAAAAUGCGGAGGAGCGCUGA